AUGAACACUGUUAAAUCUUUCUGGCUGGGCUGGGGCUCUCUUUGCGUCGCUGGUGGCGGUGCCUACUACUUUGCUAAGCAGCAGAUCAACGCCGACCGACAGGCCAAGAUGGAAGCCCACCGUAAGAAGAGACAGAUGAUCGAGAACUUGGAAACCACAGAGGGCAACGGAAGCCCUGCCCGCACCGAUAGCACCGGCUCCCCAAGCCAAGAAGCAAGCAGCGACCCUGCCCCUACGAGACAUGCGCCCGAGACCGAGAGCCAGCGAAUUGGAGAGAAGAGCAAAUACGAAAGUGCAAAUGUAUACCGAAGUCCAAAGGGAGAUCGAUUCUCUUAA